AUGGUGUUCGAGGCUGCUGAAGUGGUUGUGCUCAAUUUAGAUCAUCACAUGCAACAUAUGCUGGUCAUGAGAGACGCGCUGGAGCAGAGUCUACGUCAAACAUUCCCGCCGGAUGGUCCUGUACGCGUGAUUAUAUUUGGCCAGGAUCGAUGCGUGCCCGCCUCUGUGCAUUCCCGUGGCACUGAUUUCUCGGCCGUUUGUCGUCGGCUCGGUGGUCGUUUGCCCAACACGGUAAACGUUGCUUUCGUUGGGCCGUCGUGCCUAAAUGGUGAGUUUUUAUUGAAUCACGUAUGCUGCUUUGUUUGCUUUUUUAACUGGAAGCAAUCUGGUAUGCAUUAA